UCAACAGGCAGGAGGUGUGACCUCCACCACCGCACCCACCUGCUCCCUCCUCAAGAAAAUUCUCACCUGCUCCCCUCCUCUUUCCUUACCUUUUUCCUUCCAGAUCGAGGCUCUCCAAGAACCCUAACCCCCCUUUCCUCCUCUUGUUCCGCCGCCACUACAGCUCCCUCCGUUCUUCUCCUCUUCCACAGAAAGCAGAGAGACAGAGCAAAAUUCAGAUAAAAUUCAGUUAAACAUCGCCGGGAAAUCCUCAAGCUCGUCGUCGCCUAGAGCCGCCGUUAGCCGCGCUGAGCACGUGGAUGGAGCCACCGUGGUGUUCUUGUUCUCUACGCUGAAGGUCAGGAGCAGAGGCUGCUCCUGGAUGACACCACGGACCUCGCCGUUGCCGUCCUCUUCUACACCGAUGGUCACCGCUCGCCUCUACUUCCUCUUCAUCGACUCCGCCGUUGCCGUGUCGUUCCGUCUUGGACCAACACCAGGAUCACGAAGUGGUGAUGUGAGAUACGACGAGUUCUCCGACAAGUUCUUCUGCAACCUUUCACAGGUACAAGAUGACGACGUUAGCAAGGUUACCCUUCCGGCUUGGCCUGGGCAGGGUUAUGGACGCCACUGGUUAUCUUCAGGACUCUUAGUCCAAUUUGUAUCUUGUCCGUACUCGGACGCAUUCGAUCUUCUGUAUGACUUGGAUCUUUGUAUUGUAUAUUUGUAUCUUGACUCGUUGGAGUCGUUGUUGUAAUAUAUGUAUCUUGUGGGCUC